UUUUUGUACAGCAACCCGGAGUCGGUCAGUCGGUAAUAUGCCAUGGCGGGCGAACAAAUUGCACCAUUGCCUCCUCCCCUCCAGGAUUUGUCUGUUUUCAUCGACACGCAGCCAGAAAGUCUGGCCCAUGAAAACAGCGAGCUUCAAGGCCUUGCACUCCGAGCCACGAAAUAUGUAUUCGAUUGGGCGGUGCAAACGGAACCUGCAUCUUGGCCACACAUAGCACGCCUCCUCAAUACCCUAACGGAUGUCGAAACCACCCCAGACGCCAGUCAUGCCCUACCUGAUGAGCCUCAGAAGAAAAAGAACAGAGUAUCACAACUGGAAACACCAAUACCGUCGCUAUUCGUUGACAGGAUGUCAAUAGAACAAAUUUGGGAACAGUUGGAUCUGAGAGGGGCUAGGGAUGAAAACGAAGAUGGAAAGAGUGAGUUCGACGAAGAAGAAAGCGACGAAGAAGAAGAGGAUUCUCUGGAAGAGUCGGGGGACGACGGUGAAGAGGACGACAGUUCACUACCAGGCGAGGAGGACGUCGCCGAACUUCAGGAGGAGUCUUCAGAAGAGGAGGAGGAGGAUGAAGACCGGCCGUCUUCAAUGUUUGACGUCAUCCGCAAAAAGCCUACCGCGUCGAAGGCAGGAACACACCAAGCGGAGGCAAAAUCUGUUUCAAAAGGGCGAUUACAUCGUGAUUCAGAUUCAGACGACUCAGGCACCGAGUCGGAUGUCGACUUAUUCGAGGCGGUGGAUGAUGCUGUGGACGAGGAGGACCUGGAAGAAGACUACUUCUAUAAGGACUUCUUCGAUGUUCCGAGAUCAUCGAACUUGCGUCGAACAACAAGCACAUCCAAACCGUCAAAGGUCCGGUUCCACGAUCAAGUCAAGGUUAAGAAAAUCAAAGCACGGGGUAAGGGGCUUCCCGUGUCAGCUAUGAUGUACGAGGAAGACGACGAAGAUGACGAAGAUUUUGUGCCGGAGGAUGAUGACAGCAACGACGAAGAAAUGACUGAGGAAGGAGAUGAGGAUGAGGACGAGGAAGAAGGGGAAGAAGAUGAGGAAGAAGAGGAUGUGCAAACAGAGGAUGGUACUAGGUUGGCUAUUGAGAGAAUGAAGGACGACCUCUUCGCGGAGGACGAGGAACAGCAAAAAGACUCGGACAUGACCACCCACGAGCGUCGAAUGGCUGCACUUCGGGAACAAAUCGAGCAACUCGAGGCCGAGAACGUCGCCAAAAAGGACUGGCCUAAAUCUGUGCCCAUCGUCACUGAGGAGGUGGUGGCGGGGCUCGAGGAACGCAUCAAGGCACGCAUCAAAGAGGGCCUAUUCGAUGAUGUUGUUCGCCGACGGCCUUUGGACGACAAAGCAUUCUUGCCGUCUCGCUUGUUUGAGCUGCAAGAUACCAAGUCCCAACAGUCGCUCGCACAGAUUUAUGAAAAUGACUAUAUGGCGGCUCAAGCAGGUACCGCUGCCAAUGACAGGGACGCGAAGCUGAGCAAGGAACACGAGGAAAUCACCAAGUUGUGGGACGGCAUAUGUAACAAACUCGAUGCUUUGUGCAAUGCGCACUACGUCCCCAAGCAGCCAAAGGCAACAAUAUCUACUGUAACUGACGUCGCCGCUGCGACUUUGGAGUCUGCCCUACCGACCAACAAGUCCGUAUCGAGCACGCUCGCUCCCGAGGAGAUAUUUGCGCCUGCUUCAUCGGAUCCUCGCGUACAGAGUGAGCUCACGCCGGCCGAGAAGCGUGCCUUGCGAACGAAACAACGCAAGGCGAGGAAGAAGGAACGUGACUUGCUUGAAAAGAGCGUCGACAAGUUUGCCAAAAAGAAGGGUGUAAAACAGCAGAAAGAUGCAGCGCUGAAAAGUUUGGUUAAGUCUGGGAAGGGUGUCACCGUGGUUGGGAAGGAAGGCAAAAAGGUGAAGACGGCUGGCAAACGCAAGUCAUAGCAAAGGGGGGCUAUGAUACUCUACGAGUUAGCUAGCUUAUUUGGAUGUGUCUUGGACCGCAGUUUGACGCCAUUUUGAUCGACU